AUGGCGACAACAAAGCAGGUAAAAGAUCUCCAAGAGGCUGUUAUCUGUUCCAUUUGCCUGGAUUAUUUUAAUGAUCCGGUGAUUCUCAAGUGUGGGCACAAUUUCUGCCGAGUCUGCAUCACUCAGUACUGUAAGGACUCCAAAAUCUCCCCAUUCUAUUCCUGCCCUCAGUGCAGAGAAUGGUUCCGGAAAGGAGAAUUCCAUCCUAACUGGCAGCUGAGGAAUGUAGUCGACAUAGCGAAAAAAAUCCCAGAGCCAAGGGGGAAGAAAGCCUGUGAAAAACAUGUGGAGCUUUUGAAACUCUUCUGUGAAGUGGAUCAAACCCCCAUCUGUCUGGUCUGCAGAGAGUCCCGCAGUCACAAAGAACACUCUGUGGUUCCUAUCGAGGAGGCUGCCCUGGAUUACCAGAACCAAAUUCGGAGCCGUUUGGAGAGUUUGAAGAAAGAGAGAGACGAGAUUCUGUCGUAUAAAUCGAGUAGGGAAAAUACAAGCCAGAAACUGCUGAAACAGCUACAAACUGAGAAGCAGAUAAUUGUGUCUGAAUUUCAGCAACUGCGCCAGUUUCUGGUGGAACAAGAGCGACUCCUGCUGGCCCAGCUGGAAAAGCUGAAUCAGGAAAUUGAAAAGAGGAGGGAUGAGUAUGUUGCCAAAUUAUCUGAGGAAAUAGCUUCUUUCAGUUCCCUGAUCAGUGAGAUGGAACAGAAGUGCCAGCUGCCAGCAAGUGAAUUCCUGCAGGACAUCAAAGGCACCUUGAGCAGAUGUGAGAGGGAGAAGUUUCAGAACCCAGUGGCCUUUUCUUCUGAACUGAAAUGGAGAAUCUGGGAAUCUUCUCAAAGAAAUGCAUCUCUGGAGACCAUAAUGAAGAAAUUCAAAGACUCGCUGUCGUCUAGACAGCAGUUGGACAAAGCGAACGUGACUCUGGAUCCAGAUGUGGCCCAUCCUGAACUCAUUGUGUCUGCAGAUCAGAAAAGUGUGAGAUGGGGACCCACACAUCAGGCUUUGCCCGACAACCCUGAGAGAUUUGACACUGUUCACUGUGUGCUGGGCUGUGAGGGAUUCACCUCGGGCCGACAUUACUGGGAGGUGGAGGUGGAGAUGGAGGACUGGGGACUCUGGGCUGUGGGGGUGGCCAGAGAGUCUGUGAGCAGGAAGGGAGGGAUCAGCUUUAUCCCUGAGCAGGGGAUCUGGGCUGUGCGGUGCAGUGAGGAUCAGUACCGGGCUCUCACGUCCCCUGAGCAGCGCAUCACCCCCUUGUCCCUGAGCCGGGCACCCCGCAGGAUCCGGGUUUAUCUGGACUAUGAAGAGGGGCAGGUGGCGCUUUUCGAUGCUGGUCAUGGGGACCCGAUCUUCACUUUCCCACCGGCCUCUUUCGCUGGGGAGAGAAUCCGCCCGCUCUUCUGGGUUGGACGCGGGGGAAGCUCUUCUAUGCUCCUGCACCAUUUCUCUCUCCUGGGCCAACGCUGCCAACUCACACUGUGUCCGUGA